AUGGCCACAGCCGUGUGUACGACUCUGGCGGCCACCACAGUCCCGAGCCGCACAGCUACACCACCUCCGCACCUCAGCAUCAACACCUCGCAACGCGGUACGCCCGCAGCGGUGCCGAACAAACAUAUCCCCUUCUGUUCACCGGGUCCGAGGCCGGGUUCGCGACAUGAACCAGCUACUCCUUCCCCGCUCUCGCCGGUAAAGCCAGCUUCGCUACUAUAUCCACCCAAUGGGUUCCGGAAGCCGUUCAAUGACUCGCCAGUAUACUCGAUCACGGCAGCGCAGCUAGAGCAGGCGCUCAAUCAUCUGUCCUCGCAACCGCUGCCGUCAGCACGACAGGUGUUUCCAUGGAUGCACGGCUUACACGCCGAGAACCAGCUCCAGCUCGCCUUCUUCAUAGCACGGAAGAAGUCCCUUCGACGCACGCCGAAAUGCAUUCGCGGGUUGACGGUCGUCAAAGCAGGCGGAGACCUAUCACACAGCAAGAUCAAAGGCGCGGUCGGGCCGGAAGAGCUGCUGAAGGCUUGUCAAUGCAUCAAGAAGGAAAGUUGCAAGGAGUGCGAUUUCUUGGACAUUGAUCCGAAGGAUGGGUUCGGGGUCAGGAAUUUCCAGAUUCAGGCUUGUAAGAUGGCGACGGUGAGCGAUGUCGUUGUCUAUGGGGAUGAUCGGACGCCAGCUCGGGAGGUUGCGAGAGUGGCGAGGCAGAUUGCGAGGGCGCAGGCGACGUGGCAGAGGAGGAUGGAGGGGCCAGGUGUGGAGGACAGGUUGUUUAAUACGUUUUUGGUCGAGGAUGAUUAUACGGUCAUCGAGGCCGACCACCCUAACAUCAUCGCCCUCGACUCCGAAGGCUGCAUGACGAACAAAGUCGUGGACUUCUUCCACUGGGAGCGAGUUGAGAUGUGCACUAUGUCGGCGCCAACAGAGAUAUGUCCCAACGUCUGGCUCGGCCCUACACCAGACCCAAACGUCUCCUUCGCCGCAGACGGCGAAUGUCUCUUCAAGGACUUAAGCUUCGACAUCCAAAUCGAAGCCAAUGACCUAGCACAAGUCCCAGACCCAAGGUCACUACAAGCAAUGGAAGGCUUCCUCUCGCGCAAAGACAACGGCGAACUAGCCGACCACGACCUCCCCAUGCUCGAGUUUCCCGGCUCUGGCGCCAUCCUGCCACCUACCUGGUCCCAGACAGAAGUCGACGGCCUCAUGUCCACCCUCGAGUGGAUCCACCGCCAAGCGACCGGCCAGCCCUCCUCCGAAAAGAAGCAACGCCGCGACAGCAAACUCUCCCUCACCCCUCCCGGCCGUGACUCCGACGGCGACAGCUUCAUGCACGCCACCGACUCAGAAAAACAUCCCGGCCGCAAAAUCCUCAUUCACUGCGCAGACGGCUACACCGAAUCCUCCCUCCUCGCGCUGGCCUACUUCAUGUACGCCCACUGCGUCCCCUGCCAUACCGCCUGGCUCGAACUGCACCGCGACAAAGGCCGCAACUUCUUCGCAUACAGCUCUGACGUCGCGCUGCUCCGCGCGAUCCAACCGCGCAUCCUUCAAGCCUCGCCCAGACACUCAGGCGACCUCAAACAACUCUGCCCCACCACUCCAGACUGGAUCGAGCGGAUGGACGGCAGUCUACCGAGCAGGAUCAUGCCGUACAUGUACCUAGGCAACCUCGGACACGCGAACAACCCCGCUCUGCUGAAGGAGCUGGGCAUAGGCCAAAUCCUCAGCGUAGGCGAGCCCGUAAGCUGGAGCAAACAAGUCAUCGACGCCUGGCCGGAGGAGAAUCUCCUCUUCGUCGACCGCGUGCAGGACAACGGCGUGGAUCCGUUGAUGGAGGAGUUUGGGCGGUGUUUGGAGUUUAUCGGUUCGUUGCCACAUCCCUCCGUACUCUACCGUCUGCUAACGCACGAGUAUCCAGAGAACGGCCGCAAAAAAGGCACAGCAACCCUAGUGCACUGCCGCGUCGGCGUCUCCCGCAGCGCAACCAUCUGCAUCGCCGAAGUCAUGAACGAGCUCAACCUCUCCUUCCCCCGCGCCUACUGCUUCGUGCGCGCGAGGAGGCUGAAUGUCAUUAUUCAGCCGCAUUUGCGGUUUUGUUAUGAAUUGUUGAAAUGGGAAGAGUUCCAAUGUCAGAAGCGCGGGAGACCCGUGCGCAGGGAGUUGGAGUGGGCGAGUAUUGCGAGGGAGAUUGCGGCGAUGAAUAAGCCGUAUUCGCGGCAGAACUGA